CUGAGAUCAGUUUUAGUUUCUCUUCUUUCCGAAGAAGCCUCGCUCUGCCCAGCCGGGGACCUCACUCUCGCGGAGCCUAGAACCCAAAGGGAGCCGUAGGGCGGCGGCGGUGGCCGCCGUCGCGGUCGUCAGCCCAUCGCCCGUGGGGUUCGCCUUUUUUCCUUUCGGUUGCUGUCGCGGUUGACUUUAGACCCGAUACUCGAUCGGGUCGGUGGCAUCUGCCCUCUCGACCCACAGCCGAGCGGGAAACCGAAACUGCGGCGCUCCGCAGAUCGCGGCGGGGAGCGCGCGCUCGCGAACCCCGGGCGCGCCCAGCCGGAGCACCGCCCGCGCCCGCCUCCGCCCCCGGGGCUCCCGUAAGUUUCGAUUCUAGCCGGAGCCGAGACGCGCGUCGCGGCCAGACCAGCGCAGCGCCAUGGCGGACCCGUCGGUGUGCUCCUUCAUCACAAAAAUCCUGUGCGCCCACGGGGGCCGCAUGGCCCUGGCCGCGCUGCUCGAAGAGAUUAAACUCUCCGAGGCGCAGCUCUGCGAGGCGCUGGAGGCGGCCGGGCCCAACCACUUCUUGGUGUUGGAGACCGGCGACAGGGCCGGGGUCACCCGGUCCGUGGUGGCCACUACCUUAGCCCGCGUCUGCCGUCGCAAGUACUGCCCGAAAGGCUGCGAAAACCUGCACCUCUGCAAACUCAAUCUGCUGGGCCGGUGCCACUAUUCGCACUCGGAGCGGAACUUAUGCAAAUAUUCCCAUGACGUUCUCUCAGAAGAGAACUUUAAAGUUCUGGAACAGCAUCAGAUCUCUGGACUGAACCCAGAAGAAUUAGCAGUGCUUCUCAUCCAGAAUGACCCUUUUUUUAUGCCUGAGAUAUGCAAGAGUUACAAGGGAGAAGGGCGAGGGCCGAUUUGUGACAAGCAGCCCCCGUGCGAAAGGCUGCACAUCUGCGAACACUUCACCCGAGGGAACUGCAGCUACGCCAACUGCCUCCGGUCUCACAACCUGAUGGACAGGAAGGUGCUGGCGGCCAUGUGGGAGCACGGGCUGAGCGGGGACGUGGUGCGGAACAUCCAGGACAUCUGCAACCACAAGCACAACCGGAAGAAGCACGGGCCGCGAGCUCCUCCGGCCCAUCGUCGGGACGCCUCUCGCAGGGGCAGAGGCAACGCAGCGGCGCACAGAGGGAGAAGCAAGAGCAGAGAUCGAUUCUUUCAGGGCAGCCAGGAAUUCUUUCCGCAGGUCUCCGCUCCCACGGAGCGGUGCGGCACGCCCAGUCCAGAUCGAAUCAGCCGCCGGUCUCCCCUGCACAACGGGCUUGUCGAGGACCUCGCCUUCAAGUUCGUGCAUUUGGGAAGUCACGAUGACUCUCGGCCUUCCUCUGCCUCUUCUGAGGCCGCCAGCCUCGGAGGAGCCGGGCAAGUGGGAGGAAGCCGGAGGUUUUCGGAGAACGGCAGUCUAGAGGACCUCUUAUAUGGCAACCACAGUGGCGCUUCUGAUUUCGCACCAGCUCCCAAGUGGAAGGACCCCCCAUUAUGGCCGAAGAAGCAAGACGCCAGUGGUGACACUGUCACCACCAGUAAGAGUGCGGGCGUGCAUUCCUCGGGUCACAUGAAUAUCGAGGGCAGAAGUGGGAAUCAAGACGUCCAGCAUUUCCAGCUUUUUGAUAAUAAUUUUGACGGUAUGGCCGCAGAUACCACUUCCACGGGCUCUUCAAGUUACAGAACCGAGACCCUCAGACAGAGAGAAAAAUGGAUGUGGUGGACUCAGGAAAGUGGAAACGCUCACCUUGAUCUCGACACCCUCGUGCUAGGUGACGGUGAACACAGAGAGAAGGUGUUUUGGGCUGGCAAGCCAGGCCACAGCGCACCGAACGGCGAGCGUAAAGCUGCCUGUGAGACUGCUGGUGCCGCUGGUUUUGGCUUAACGUCGGCCGCCAGGGCGGAUAAAGAUGGGUUGCACUCCGCCAGUCAGAGUCGGAGAAUCCAGAUGCUGCUCCCCCCUGUGGCGAUCACCGCCCCCACAAAAGCCAGCACUCUGCUCAAGGUACCACCUUUGUCACCAUCCUCAAGCAACGGAGCUACAGUCUGUGAGGCCUAUGGCCAGAACUCUGCUAACAUCUCUGUCACCUCCACCAGUAAGCCCGCAAGGAGGUCCCCAGACUUCGUUCUGAAUACCCUGAUUGACAUCGGGCGUGACUUGGAUCGUUACAGCUCAAAAGAAAUUUGUCUUGACCAUCUGAAUAAGCGCUGUCAACUUAAAGACUGCAACAGAGUUCACUUCCACCUGCCCUACCGGUGGCAGAUGUCAGUUAAAAACACCUGGAUGGACCUCCAGCCCAUGGAGCAUAUCGAGAAGGCCUAUUGCGACCCCACAAUCAGCAUCACUUCUGUUGGAAGUUUACAACUGGAUUUCCAGAAAAUGACUUGUGACCAGAACCCCAUCCGACGGAUCUCCACGCCGUCGUCUGUCAAGGAGCCGAACGUCUUCGCCACAAAAUGGAUUUGGUAUUGGAGGAGCGGCUUCAACAGAUGGGUUCAGUAUGGGGAGAAGGGAGGUGAUCAGCAAGUUUCGAACGUCGACUCUUCAUACCUGGAAUCGUUGUUCCUGUGCUCUCCGAGGAGCAUUGUGCCAUUUCAGGCAGGCUCCCAGAACUACGAGCUGAGUUUCCAAGGGAUGAUUCAGACGAACAUAGCUUCCAAGACCCAAAAGGACGUCCUCCGGAGGCCGGCCUUCAUGACGCCCCGGGACGUGCAGCAGAGGAGAGCGGGGCCAGACCAUCAGCCGGCGCAGACCCAGCCAGAGACGUUACCCUCGACAUUUCCUUCUCCGUGGAAGUCCUCCUUCGCCUCGUCGAAUGGAUACGAGUUAUUAGAGAUCAGUAACCAUUCCAUGGAAUAUACCCAAAUAAGUGAGUAUUUUAAAGCGACGAUGAAAACGGUCAAGAUUGAAAAGAUCAGGAAGCUCAUGAACGAACAGCUCCUGACUGCUUUUAAAAGGAAAAAAGAGAAGAUGAAGAAUAACAAUGAAAAAAUCCUAUUUUGUGUCACGAGCCGUGCCAAUAUGGAUUCUGUGUGUGCGAAUAAUUUUGACUGGACCACGCACCGGACUUCUGAUGCCAGAUACGGAAAAGGAUAUUACUUUAUGAGAGAUGCCAUCGCUGCCCAAAGGAAUUGCCCUUACGAUCCCAAAAACACCGUGAUGUUUGCCGCCCGGGUCCUGGUCGGAGAUCCCAUCGAGGGGAAUCGGAGCUACACGAGCCCCCCUUCACUGUACGACAGCUGUGUGGAUUCCAGGUUGAACCCGUCCGUCUUUGUCAUCUUUCAGAAGGAUCAGAUUUACCCGGGAUACGUGAUUGAAUAUACCGAAGCAGAUAAAGAUAAAGGCUGCAUGAUUAGUUAGAAAUGACGAAGACACUAUCUUAAAGGAUGCCGUAACCUUUCCGAUCACUUACAGAAGCAGAUGGCCACAGAAAAAUAGUGAAAUUUUUUUUGACAUUUCCUUGCCUCCUUAUCAAAUGCCUUGGAUCGGUGGUUCCCAAACUUUGCUGCACAUUUUAAAUCAUCUGGAAACUGCAAAAACCCCCAACGUCCAGAAUGCACCCCGUUCCAACUAAAUCACUGUUUCCACGGUGACAGACAGCAGUAUGGGGUCGCAGAGGUCAGGUCGGGAGCGCUGCCUUAGAGAUGACUGGGGGUUUCUAUAACUUCUGUGACUAAAGCAACCUCUCUCUCUCCACCACUCUUAUAGUUUACUGGAUGGCCUGGUUUUGUUCGGGUUAAACUAAAAAAGAAUUAAUUUGGGAACUUGGCAAGAAAUGUCCAAAUGCCUGUUGACAUAAGGGCGUAAGGGACGUAAGAUAGUGAUUCCAUCCGUGGAUGGAAGAUUGAAAAGUUGGGGCGGAGAAUGCUUAGGAAUAUGCGGGGGCGGGGGGGGUGGGGAGUAAAGGUAAUUUAAAUGCCGUUACAGACGCAGCUAUGGUGCUAUACCUUUGUAGUGAAACUGGUGUGAGGCAUACAUUGCGUUAUUUCUACGUUUAUUUAGGGGGGCUCCAUUCAGGUCGACUCUGGAAUUCAAUGAGAAGAGUUGCCAAGUGUGGCUCGGAAGGAAGCGCCAGCUCGAAUCGAUGGCCCAUUUGGGGUCUUUGUAUACUUAGAGCCAAGUAGACAUUUGUACUCUAACCAGUAGGGUUCCAAGGCAGGCUUCGUUCAGGUCGGCUUUCGUGAAGUGCGUGUGUCUUUUCGGAGUCCUGGGAUGUAGUAACCGGAGUCACACCAUCACGACCGAUAAACCCAAGUGCCCCUGUAGUCUUCGCCGUGGUGGGUGGGGCUCCCCUGGGAAUUGGGAGCAGGGCCCUCCUGUGCAAGUCUGGGCCCCUACGAGGUGAGAUUUAUUCCUGGUGAGCAUAGAACCGGAACACAGAGAACAGUGGCUCCAAGGGGCCUCGGCCCUGCAAGGGGCUGCUUUUUCUAGGUGGACCGUAUUAUAUGGAAGUGGAGCGCAGUCAGUUUUUAGGGCGGCGGUGGUGUGCGCACCAAGUUCCUCAUUAUGAAUCAGGUCUUUCCUUUCCGUUUUCCUUUACAAACAUUCCACCCUCAUCUCCAAAAUGGCCUGUUUUAGUUCCUUCCAGAAGACACGUUACGAAAAUUACUGAGCAUUCCAGAUUUUAUAUUAGUCAGAUUUUUGAUCGGUGCAAAGCAUGCCACAACUCCUUGGCUUAAAGGGCUGUACCAAUAACAAAUGUAUGGAGAUAUUUCAGCGUAGGGUUAUUUUCUGGGAGGCUUACCACAAGUAGUUACUCUCCAUCACUUAUUUUUUUUUCAUGGUAGCUUCUGUUUUGGAGUUUUCAUUUCCUGAUCUGACCCUCAUGUUGCAGAGAUGCAAUCUAUCUGACUCUGUCUAACUGCCCUCUGCACAUCUCUAGUGGAAUAUUUCACAGGCAUCUCGACGUCACCAUGUCCAAAACGGAAUUCCCAUCCCGCCUCCCUCAAACGAACUGGUUCCUCCCCGUAUUCUGUAUGUAAGUCCGUAGUAUCGCCAUCCACACCUCUGCUCAAGCAGAAAUCCAUCCGGAAGUCAUCCUGACCCCUCCCUCUGCCUUCCCCAGGGCUCCUAAGCUGUUCCCAGGUUGUUUUCCCCCUUAAAUAUCUCUUUGCCCCCUUCUAAGUUCUUCUUUCCUUAGCCAGAAUGGCCGUAUUUUUUCAAUGUUUACUUAGUAAUCUUUCAAAACAUAAAUCUGAUCAUGCCUUUAGAGUAAAGUUCCAAAUCAUUAUCAUGGUCCCACGUGAUCGCUGCCCCCCCACCCCAGCAUUUAUCUUCUCCCACACAAGCUGUUCAGACUCUCUGUCCGGCCUUUGCUACCCUCUCCUCGCAGCUCAGUGGUUCUCAGCUAGCACUCCUGCCUUUUUUUUUUUUAAUAACAAAUACUUUGUAACAUCCACUUUAUCAUCCUCAAAAUGCAAUUCAGUGGUAACAUACUCUGCCUACACACAGUUUUAGAAAUAAGUUUACAAUGAAGUAAUAUGAACAUAAAAGGGAAAUAAGAAGUACACAACUCAGGCACGACUAUACCAGAAGACCUAAUUAAGUAGUCAGAUGUUUACACCUACUUACAACGAAUAAUUUGAACUUAAAAGAAGGUAGCAGAUCAGAAGCUAAUUUGUAUCAAGAAGUGUAGGAAAAUACAACAGCAGGGAUACAAGUGGACAUUAGAAUAGAAAACAGUGAUACAAUAACUUACUUGCUUAUGGUAAUACGUAUUUCUGUAAGAACACCCUCAUUGAGAGAAAGUUACUCUGCAAGACAAUCAAUCUACAGAUUGUCGAAAUGGAGAAAAUGAGGACAUAUAUUUUUUGACAGACGUGCCGUAGUUGAUACACGAAUGUCUGGUGAGACAUUCAGAAUUCGUAUAGGGUGUAGAAGCAUUCCUUACCGUGAGGAGGUGUCCAAUGUAUUGCAAACUGUUCGGCAUACUUGGCCCUCACAUACUAAGUGGCAGUAAAGCCCUUCCCGCCCCCAGUUAGGGUGACAGCCACACGCCCUAUCAGAUCUAGUCACCUUUUUCAUAGCAGUUUGUAAUAUCCCUUUCGCUGUCCUGAGAUGACUCAUCAAUAAUGCAGUCUAUUUACACACAUGCAUUGCUUUACAAAUCAAUUGAUUGCCUAACUUUUCUAAGGGAGAAGCAGGAGGAAAGCAAUUUGUGAUGAAACUAAACUGAACUUCAAUGUGGAAAUGCUCACACAUGACUAUGCUAGGCAACAUCAUGAGGUAGGUAUUUAUUUCAGCUUAGUGAAUAGGGUUGGAUUUAAGAGUCGCUCAGAGGCUACUUCCUGUACAGAAGUAUAGGCGAAUGAAAGAAGUACAGGUGACACUAGAAUGAAGACCAGUGUUGGGGUUAAGUGGUAACAGACCAUACACCUUAUCUGGAAGGGAAGGGAAAGAGCGAAAUUACCUUACUUUGAACAAUGAUAAUAGGACAAGACAAAGUACAGGUUGUCUAAGAGGAAAAUACUAAUUGUAUUCUCUUGGGCGAGCUGUAGGUCCUCCACAUGUGUCCAGCAGGACAUUAGAAAGUCGUAUAGGUAACAGAAUAAUUCUCCGUCGUGUGGGGCUAGCCCAUACACUGCAGGACAUGUUAUCCCUGGCUGCGUCCACUGAGUGGCAGUAAUGGUCCCCCGUUAUUAUGACACCAACAACCUAUCCAUUUCCAAACUGUCACUGCUGAGAACCACUGACUCAGUUCAUUCCCAGCAUCCUCAGGUCAGCUCGCUUACCUCCAUCAGGAGUCCUAUAGAUGAGAUUGGAUGUGUGCCUCCCCAAUGCCCAGUUUUUAAAAUACGGCGUGCCUUGCCUUGUUCAUUUCCAGCAUCUCUCCCCCCGGAAGCUGUCUGCUUUCCGCUUUAGAAUGUAAGCUCCUUGCGGGCCGAGUCAGGCUGUCUCGUGCACUGUGCCAUACCUCGUAACGGGCUGAGCGCUUCGUAUGCUGAGACCAUGAAUUCUGUUGAAUAAAGUAAGCUUCACCAAUUUACAUUUCAGUAGUGGCGUUGUCUUUCUUGUUCUUCAAGCUCAUUUCGAGACUAAUAAAAAGUACAUGUUAAUUUUGCUCUGCUCCCCGUCUUUGCUUGAUUUCUAGGUAUCUCCAAAAAAGACCAUCAACUGCAGACACCAGUUUAUUCACUGAGGGGUAGGGGAUGUGUUUUUUCCUCUCCGGCUUUAUCGUCCCGGGACUCAAUGACCAUGACACGGCCAGCGAAAGGCAGGGUGGUGGUGGUGGUGGUGGUGGAGAAGCCCCCCUAGCCAACUGGCACAUCUUUUGUUUCGGGGCUUAGAGACACCUUUCCUGUGGUCAGGGGUGGGACCGGGGCCAGGCUGAGGCAGAAAAGGUAAAUAUGUAAAGGUAAAUGGUCAUCAGAAUUGUCCUUACAGUCACUCCUUUAAAAGCCCUUUUCAUUGUUUAAUCUCAGAAUGGGUGGAGAGAGAGAGGACCGAAAUCCCUAUGUGGCAGUGUGGCUUUGAUUAAAGUGAAGGCAAAAUUGCCACUUGCACCUCAGUGUAAGUACAAUAAUGGACAGCCAACGGGUCGCUGCCAGAGUGCCCGCAUUCAAAUGCACGAAAAUGCCGUCAAAUCAAGCGUGAGUGGACGUGUGCGUUUCCCAACUAGCUCUUUGUCCUAUUUGUUUGUUUGCUUUGUCAGAGCAGGCUCUCAAGUGUCCACACAUGUUUAAUGUGGCUUGUCCCCAAGGUUUCAUCCUCCUCAGCUUUUCACUCUUCAUUU